AUGAUUUGGCCAUGGUCUUUGCUUUUUUUGGGUGUAUUCUUUGAACAUGAUUGCACCACUGCUCCUCUAAUCAAUAUUGCUCUUACUACUCUUGGCUUUAUUCCUGGUGUGAUCCAUGCUUUCUAUAUUAUGUUGAAAUUAGUGAUGAAAAACAUUAUUUUAACUUCUCUUUUGGUACUCUGCUUGUCACUUAGCCUUGUUAACGCAGAUUGUGUUAGUUGUCAUGAAUGUGUCUCUAGAAACAUACCAAAAGCAAAAGAUGGUAAUAGAAUUCUAUACACAGGUGAUCCUGUCUGUAGCAAUCCGACCAAUUCGGGCUUCACUAUACGUGCAUUUGCGGGAUAUUAUGGUUGUGGUUAUGCAAAGGAUAUCAACCAAGUCUAUGAAGGAUGCUCAAAGGAAUGCAAAGUGUGUCAGAAGAUUGAUAAGCCAUGUACUGAUAUUACAGAGCCUGUAAGCUCAAAAAUCAAGUGUCCAUCAAUGCCAUGUAUCCAAAGAGGUGGUAGUAUUAGUCCUGGCAGAGAUUGUUGUGAUGGUUUAAUAACACUCGAUCCUUUCAAUCCCAAAUGUGUCGCUCCUGGACAAGAUUGUACUCGAUGUGGCGGUAAAAUAGAGGCAAACAAACCCUCUUGUGACCCCAGUGGCAUCAAGGUAGAUGGUAGAUGGAAAUGCGCUGGUGGUGGCGGUUGCAAAGAGAACAGGGAAUGUCCAAGUAAUCAAAUCUGUAGUUCGGGUAUCUGCAAGGUUAACAACGAGGGAUAAAGAUACGGGC